AUGGUGGCGCCACCCCUUGUGCACCACUCAGCAAUGGCCCCUUGCUUCAAAGGCAGCCUGCACGUCCUCCAGGAGCAUUCCUGGCUGCAGAGCCCCUCACUCCUCUCCUCUCAGGCUGUCUUCACGCAGGUGAGCUCUCUCUCCCAUCCCCUUAGUCCGUCUUCAUAUAGCCAACAGCAGUCCUCUCCAUGGGUCCACUCUCCUAACUCCAUGCUUCAGUACUCAGCCCCCAUCAGCAGUGGUGGAUGUACGUCUCAGGCUGGGGCAUGCAGGGCUGUAGCACAGACCAUCGGUGCAAGUCUCCCUCUGUCCUGCCCAACACAGAGCAGCUGCUGCACUUUCUUCUAG